AUGAAAACAGUUAACGCGACACGCCAACCGCAUGUAGAAAAUGGGAAAAAGAGGGAUGCUGCUACUGCUAAUGACGAUGAUGAUGAUGAAGAUGAAGAUGACGGCAUUCGCCAAAUUAUAGUACAGAGGCCCCUUUCCAUUAUAUCUUCAACUAGCCUUGUCAGCUCUUGGUGGGUGACAAAAUCGCCACCUCCACCAGUUCUACUCCCAGAGAGUACCAGUGCACCAGCUGCUGGGGCAGAGCUAGCUGAUGCAGAUAAGGCAGAACCAUCCCCAGUAGAAGCUUACUAUGCAUCUUCAUGUCGUGUAGAACCAUCACCAGUGGCAGCCUACUGUGCAUCUUCAUGUUGUGUAGAACUAUCACCAGUAGCAGCCUACUGUGCAGCCGACUGUGCAUCCUCAUAUCAUGUAGAAUUAUCAGCAGUAGCAGCCUACUGUGCACCCUCAUGUUGUGUAGAACCAUCCCCAGUAGAAGCUUAUUAUGCAUCUUCAUGUCGUGUAGAACCAUCACCAGUGGCAGCCUACUGUGCAUCUUCAUGUUGUGUAGAACUAUCACCAGUAGCAGCCUACUGUGCAUCCUCAUGUCGUGUAGAACCACUACCGGUAGCAGCCUACUGUGCAUCAUCAUGUCAUGUAGAACCAUCACCAGUAGCAGCCUUUUGUGCAUCCUCAUCUCGUGUAGAACCAUCCCCAGUAGCAGCCUACUUCCCAUCACCAGUAGCAGCCUACUGUGCAUCCUCAUGCCGUGUAGAACCACUACCAGUAGCAGCCUACUGUGCAUCCUCAUAUCAUGUAGAACCAUCAGCAGUAGCAGCCUACUGUGCACCCUCAUGUUGUGUAGAACCAUCCCCAGUAGAAGCUUACUAUGCAUCUUCAUGUCAUGUAGAACCAUCACCAGUAGCAGCCUACUGUGCAUCCUCAUGUCAUGUAGAACCACUACCAGUAGCAGCCUACUGUGGAUCCUCAUGUCUUGUAGAGGCAUCACCAGUAGCAGCCUACUGUGCAUCCUCAUGUCGUGUAGAUCCAUCACCAGUAGCAGCCUACUGUGCAUCCUCAUGUCGUGUAGAACCAUCACCAGUAGCAGCCUACUGUGCAUCCUCAUGUUGUGUAGAACCACUACCAGUAGCAGCCUACUGUGCAUCCUCAUGUCGUGUAGAACCACUACCAGUAGCAACCUACUGUGCAUCCUCAUGUCAUGUAGAACCAUCACCAGUAGCAACCUACUGUGCAUCCUCAUGUCAUGCAGUACCAUCACCAGAAGCAGCCUAG